AUGCCGGGUCUUUGUGACAGUAGUGGAAACACUUAUCCAGUUCAAAUUCAAACUUCAUGUAACUUAUGUGAAUCAUCCCUCCCCUCAUGGGUAUUGGAGACUGGAUCUGUAUUCUUACAUGGUUAUGACAAAGAAGGAAACAAGCUGUUUUGGUUUAAGGUGAAGCUGCACGUGAAAGAUUCCAAAACGGUCUUGGAGAGAAAGAAGUAUGUUGCUUUUUGGUUAGAGCGCUAUGCAAAAAGGGAGCCUGGAAAACCUUUAACAGUAGUAUUUGACAUGGUAGAAACCGGAAUAAGCAAUAUAGAUAUGGAUUUUGUACGGUUUAUAAUCAACUGUUUCAAGGUGUACUAUCCUAAAUAUCUGUCCAAAAUUGUUAUUCACGAAAUGCCUGGCAUCAGUAAUUCUGCCUGGAAAUUGGUGAAGAGUUGGCUUGGGCCAGAUGCUGUACGGUUGCUCAGAUUUGUAACUAGGAGUGAGGUACAGGACUAUAUCAGUGUGGAGUAUCUACCACCGCAUAUGGGUGGAAUAGAUCCCUUUAAAUACAGCUACCCCCCACUACCUGAUGAUGACUUCCAGUCUCCAAUCUGUGAAAAUGGACCUUAUGCAAGUGACAGUGAAAUGGAGGCAAAAGAAGAGACUGAAUCAGAAAGUAAAGAAACUAUAGAUUCAAAUCAUGGAGAUGAAUCGCCACCCAGGCAGAAAAAGGUACUUGCAUCUUACUGUUUUUAUCCAUCAGAAGAACUCCAUUUUGGCUCCAAGGAACGAGAAGAAAGAAAGUGUUUAAUAGUCCUAAGCAAUGUGACUAAAAAUCACGUGGCCUUUAAGGUCAGAACAACUGCUCCAGAGAAAUACAGAGUAAAACCAAGUAACAGUAGUUGUGAAGCAGGCUCAUCAGUUGAUAUUAUAGUUUCCCUUCACGGAGGUUUUGAAGCUUCCCCACAAGAUCGUUUUUUGAUUAUGGCAGCUGAGAUGGAUCAAAGUUCUGGUACAAGUUCUUCAGAUCUAAGCCAGUUCUGGAAGGAAGUGCCCAGAAGCAAAGUAAUGGAACACAGGUUAAGAUGUCAUGUGGUGGUGAGCAAUAAGCCUGUUCUUCUGCCAUUCAGAGAAAAUGUAUUGAACAGCAGUGCACCAGUGAAGAACAGUGACGAUUUAAAUGCAAAGCUGACCAAUCUAGUGAUGGCAAAUAAAAGGCUCGGAGAACAAAUUGACCGAUGCAUCUGGCUUCAGCAGCUUCUGAUCUCUCUAGUUUGUAUAUCCUUAACCAUUGCCUGCUACACCCUCUACAUCUUGCCCACAAACAGCCAGUGAAAGACUUUGUUGUUCAGAAGGUAACCAGAACCAUGCUGCCUGUUCUCGUCUGUGGAAGAAUCCAAGGAGUCAGCCUCUUUGCUCUGAAAUGAUGAGCAAUUUAUUUAAGUGCUUACAUUAAGUACCACUCACAGGUCCUUAACAUGGGUUCACCCUGACAUUUGUUUGGCACUGAAUAUUAAAGUACACUAGAAUGUGACAGCCAUAAUUUAAACUGCCUCAGCAAAAGAACUACUACACAACUUUUAAAGUAACACACAGAAGUAUCAUAGUUGACAUAAAUAUUUCAGCAGUUUCCACUUGUUUAUAUAUAUAUAUAUAUAUAUAUAUAUAUACACACACACUUAAUACAUUACUUCAUUUUAUCUUAUAAAUGGUAUCAGAAAUAUGAGUGUUUUUUCCUUGAGAAGUAGUGUUCUAAAGAUGUUUUGUCAACAGUUCUGAAUAUGUUCAUUCAAACAAAAAAAUCACAAGAAUGUAAAUUAAUUGCAUUUGCUAUUUGCAAUUUAAAAUUGCAGUGCUAGUUUGAUACUAGUGCCGUGUAAGUAUUGGACAAACAGAUUUAGUACUCCUGUAAAGGCAACACUUGUAUUUGUGUUUAUAACCAGUUCUGUGUUGUAAAGAUUAUGUAACAUUGUAGGAUCGCUUGAAGAAUAAUGCACUAAACUAGUUUUUCUGUGUUUUAACAGUUCUUUUUCAUAAUUGUAGGAUGACUAUUGACAUUUUGAGAAUUUUGAAGUAAUUUAUGAUAUCUGAAUAACAAUUUUUGAAGUAAUUUAUACUGUUUGAAUAACAUGUCUUCUGACAAAAUCAAGUGCAUUAUAGUUUCCAAAGGUAGAUAUUUAUGGGAAGUGCUUUGAAAACCUGGCCUUAAGUCUGCUAAUUUUUGCAAGUACUCGUAAUAAUAUAAUAAGAGCUACACUCUCCUUUAUUGUGCUGCAGUUAUACAGAUUAGUGUACAUGUUUUGUAAUUCUUUUCAGUGAGCACUUUUUCAUUCAUUUUAAAUAGUUUCAAAACCUGGUAAUACCUGCUGAUCUGAAGAAAACCUGCAAUGAAGUGAAGUGGGUAACCUUGAAAUUAUUUGCUUUGAUUGUUACAUUAUUGCACUUUGUGGAUGUCUUCAGGUAACUUAGACAUACAGACCAUAAAGCUGAAGUAUUGAAAUUAAAACAUUUAUACCUGCCACAGGGGAA